GCGUUGGGCUGAUUGGUUCAUCGCUUGUCUCGGCACCGUUCGGCUUCUGCGUUUAGGCUUUGGGGGCUGUUCUGGGUAUUUUCGUCGCCGGGCCUGGCACUGCCCUUUCCCCAGCACCGCGGCACACCCCAGUCCCGUGGCUUGGACAGCGGCUACUGUCGCCCCAUCCCUGAUUUUCAGCUCCCACAAAGCCGGAGGCGCUAGGGAUAUGCACGCUGUGCUGUGCAAACCCAGCCCGGCACAGCUGCCCAAGAAACCAAGCCAUGCCACCCGCCAGCAAAAGACCGCCGGACUUUGCGUGGGGAGGCAGCCGCUAGGCUGAGCAUAGGGUCUUGGCGCAGCUCUCCAACGUAUAAGCAGGGCUGCUGCCGUUCCCAUGGGUUCCCAUGCCUCGGUGCCUUGGGAACGUCGAUACGACUCUUCGAACCAACACCCCAUCACCACCACCACGACAAAGCCAUUGUUAUAUACGCCGUGGUCCGACCCAGGAGUAGCCUGGGUAUAUACGUUAAUAUAGACUCUGGCCCGAUCGCCGUCAGACGAACCACCCGCAGGGAACCAUGUCCAAGCGAACCACAUACACAGAAAUCAGCCCGCUCCCGUCAAACGUCACGCGGGAGCUGGUGCUGGACUUUCUGCACAACCAUGUCGAGAUGAUCGAUCUGAACCCGCUCAUCAAGGAGCGGCACCCCAUCCCCGUCCCCGCCGACGCCCCCACCGACGAGCGCCGGUGUGCGUGGUACUCGCUGACCGACGAGAUCAGCUACCUGCCCGGCGGCAUCGUCACGGGCGACAUCUCGUACACGGCAGCCUUCUCGGACCUGCCCAACGGCAUCCAGACUCACUGCCGCGCGCCCCUGGGCGUCGACAUCCGCUCCCGCUGGACCCUCAACGGCUAUCUGCCCGGCGAGGUCCCCGAGCGGACCGAGAUCGGCAUCAAGGCCCCCGCCAAGGGGCUCUACAUCCGCGAGGACGUCGAGCUGCGCUGCAACGUGCUCAUGGCCUCCUUCGUCAAGAAGACCACCAAGCGCGCCCACAUGACCCUCGUCACCACCCUCCUCCGCAAGGCCGGCAAGGCCGCCACCGACCUGGCCGCCACCUCGGCCGGCUUCUCGACCGCCUUGUUCGCAGCCGCCUCGCCGCCGGGCGUCAGGUCACACCGGGGCUCCAGCGUCGGCAGCGCUCCGGGGUACACCCCACCGCGGUACAGCCCGCGCCCGUCGUCGCUGAACCCUUCUCACAAGGCCAGCAGCAGCACCACCACGGCUACUGCCACCACCUGUCGGGCGCACGCGCACAGCCUAAGUGAUGGCACCGGCAGCAAUGGCCCACACAGGAACGGUCACGGCCAAUGUGCGUCUCUAGGCGGCUCGCCCGCCGGCACGCCGCACAGGUCGCUCUCCCCGGCACUCGGCGGCGCGUGGCCGCAGCCCGUCAGCGCCGACUCGUCCUACUACCCGGCGCAGCGCCGCUAUUCGCCCAAGACACUACCCAUGUCGCCACCACAGCAGCAGCCGCGGCGCUCCUACGAGAGCGAAAAUCCCGACGUCCCCACCCUCUUCCGCCCCCCGCGGGCGCCCCUGGGCUCGCCCCCAGUCACGGGUGGUGACUGGCAUCGUGCCUCGCUCGACAGCGCCAGCGUGCCCGCGUUUUUCCGCACGCCACAGGCCCCGCUGCCCUCCCCUCCCGUCUCGGGCGGGCGGCCCCGCUCAUCGUCGGACCGCAGCGGCUUUGGCGGCCCCGACGACGUGCCCGUGUUCUUCCGCCCGCCGCUGGUCUCGCUGCCGUCGCCUCCCAUAUCGGGCGGGCUACCGCCGUUUUCGGGGCUCGGCGGCGGCGGCGACGUCCCCGCCAUCUUCCGUUCUCCCCAGCCGCCCCUCCUGUCUUCUCCCCCCGCCGGCAGCAGCACACACCGGGCCUACUCGCCGCCGCCGCCGACGUACACGCCGAACCUGAUGAUGGCGCCAUCGGCCUGCAGCGCGGGCAACACGCCGGCCGCGGCUGUGCCGCCGUCCCCGGUGUCGAGCAUCGGGGUCGAAGACUUCGCGACCACCGCCUCCAAGGGCAGCAGCAGCGGCGGCGGCGACGAGACGGUCGUCAUCAGUGGUCUCGGCCUGCGCACGGACAGCGGCAAAAGCGGCAUCAACCCGUUCCCGAACCCGCUGCGCAUCUCAAAGUCCAACUCCAACGCCAGCAGCAUCUACCCGUCCUCGAUCCGCCUGGUGCCCCAGGACGACGACGACGAGCACGAUUUGGACUCGCCCCAGUCGGCGGCGCGGCCCAAGUCGGGCGGCUUCUUCUACCCGGAGAUGAACCCGUACGAGUUCAACGACGCCGACGACGACGAGGCUGACAGCCUCUCGGCAGCCAUCGACAGGGCCGCACGCAACGCGGCGGACGCGGUCGAGACGGCCUCGUUCACCUCGUCGGUGGCGUCUACCCCCACGGGGCGGGCGUCUUCGCCAUUGGCCCGGCAGCAGCAGCAGCCCUUCUUUGCCGAGCUCGAGGGCAGCGAGGCCCGGCCCGAGGCCAGCAGCCCGCGGCUCAUGAUGAUGCGCAACUCGGCCCAGUACGACUCGCACCCGCUGGCCCUGCGGCCCGGGUCGCUGGGCGCGUCGCCUGUCAACUCACCGCUUGCGCUUCACGAAUUUCACUGAACUGUUUGUUUUGUCUUCUUCUAUGGUAUGACUGUUAUGAUUGGCUGGAUUAGAUCAGACAGCAUUGACUGCUUCUGGAUUCUUUGGUUUGCUCGUUCGUUCUGGAGACGAAAGGAAGUAAAAAAAACCAUCAGAGAUACCCCUUUAGAGGAUACAGAAAGACUGCCUGGCCUUUAUGAGUAUACAUCAUAUCAUAUUCUGCGCCGGAUAACGGCACAUGCGGAUAAAUAUUAUUGCUCUUUACUACCUAUGAUCAGUCCAUGUGAACCCAGGAGCAAACCUAGCAGGGUCACGAGCGAGAGGCGAGAAUAAAGAAAGCCGAUAAAGGUGAAUUGAGCACUUGCUGACUACUAUGUGUUGUGGGCCGG